UCAACACAUUCAUUCACCAUUCGACAUUUGGUAUCAAUCUAUAUUUUACACCAUGCUCAUCUUUCUCCUGAUCUGGCUUUACUAUCGGUCAAUUCAUGGCAAAAAGAUCUUUCUGAUUCAAACCCGGUCAUGCGUUCUCUGGCUCUCAAAACACUUGCUGGAAUGUCUCUAGAAUCCGUUUUGCCCUUGGUUAUGAUGUCUAUCAAUCGACUCCUCAACGAUUCAAAUUGGUUUGUACGUUGUACAGUGGCCGAGUCUUUGAUCGAUGUCUUCAGUGUGGAUGCCAGUUCGUAC